AUGACUGUGGCUAUGAGAAAGCACGUGGUGGUGAUCGGCAACGGGAUGGUGGGGCAGCGUUUCUGCGAGAAACUCCGCAAGUACGACACGGACAAAAAAUUUAAGAUCACUUGCGUCGGUGAGGAAUCGAGAAGGCACUAUAACCGCAUGCUCCUAACCGAGUAUUUUGAACACAAAACAGCCGAGAACCUAUAUCUCGCCGCUGAUGACUGGUACGCUACCAACGAGGUGGAUGUGAUGGUGGACGUGCAAGUUGAGUCUAUUGACCACGCAAAGAAGGAACUUAUCACAAAGGACAGUAAAGUUCCUAACAUUAAAUAUGACUAUGUUGUUUUAGCCACUGGUAGCUUUGCGUUCUUACCUCCUGUUCCCGGGCAUGACUACGAAGGCGUGUACGUAUAUCGUACCUUGACAGAUUUGGAUAACAUGCUGUCAUAUAUUCAUGAUACACCGCCUACAGAUGUACCUCGCCCAAAACCAAAGGCCGCGGCUGUGUUCGGCGGUGGGUUAUUAGGUCUCGAGGCAGCCAAAGCUUUACGCGAUGAAGGCCUGGAAGUAUGCAUCUUGGAGAUAAACCCAUGGCUGAUGCGUCGACAGCUCGAUGAACCUGGGGCUACUCUGCUGAAGAAUAAGGUCGAAGAAUUGGGUAUACGCGUUCAUGUGAAUGCAAAGUGUGGUAUUAUGGGCGAUAAUGGCCGCGUAACUGGUAUCCGGUUCGAAGACGGAACCGUAAAGGGGAUUGAGGUCGUUGUCUUUGCCUGUGGCAUCCGACCGCGCGAUGAGGUGGCAAAGGCUUCUGGUGUAAAUGUGCAUGAACGAGGUGGCAUUUUGGUCGACGAUAACCUCGCAACGAACGUGGAGGAUGUCUACGGCAUUGGAGAGUGCGUUAUCCACCAGGGGCGUGUGUACGGGCUUGUUAACCCGGGAUAUGCUAUGGCCGAUGUGCUUGCGCAUCGUUUGACUGAUAGUUCUGAUGUACGCAUAUUCGAGAGUGGUGAUAUGUCGACAAAGCUGAAGUUAAUGGGAGUGGACGUGGCCUCCUUCGGAAAUUACAUGCCUCCCAAGGACUCCAAGGAAUUCAUGCCUCUCGUAUAUGACAAUCCCGCUGAAGGAGUGUAUAGGAAAUUGAUUUUCACGGCCGAUGCGAAACAUAUUGUGGGCGGUAUGAUGGUGGGGGAUGCCUCGGAUUACUCCAAACUGCUUUUGACCUCCCAGUCUGCCAAGCCAUUGAAGGACUCGCCCAGUGUAUACCUGCUGGGAAAAGCAGCCAGUAGUGGAGCAGGCACGGUGACAGAAGACGAUCUUCCAGAUGAUGCACAGGUGUGCUCGUGCAAUGAUGUAACAAAAGGAGACAUCAAAAAGGCUAUACAUGAGCAAGGCUUGACGUGUCUGAAGGAUGUGAAAACAUGCUCAAGUGCGGGAACGGGCUGUGGUGGAUGUGUGCCCAUGGUGAAAGAUAUACUGGACUUUGAGAUGAAGAAAAUGGGCGCCACAGUCGACAAUUCUCUGUGUGAGCAUUUUGCGUAUACGCGAAAGGAGAUGUUCGAUAUGAUACGUAUCAAGGAGUACUGCACUUUUACUGCUGUCCUUAAGGACCAUGGCACCGGCUUCGGAUGCGAGAUCUGUAAACCAACUGUAGCAUCCAUCCUUGCCUCGCUCUACAACUCGCACAUCCUUGACGGAGAACUGUUUACACUGCAAGAUUCCAACGAUCGUUUCCUGGCCAACUUGCAGAAGAACGGCACGUACUCUGUAAUCCCCCGCAUUCCAGGGGGAGAAAUCACUCCGGAGAAGCUCGUAGUGAUCGGUGAUGUCGGCAAGAAGUACGGUCUAUACACCAAGCUCACCGGUGGACAGCGAAUCGAUCUGCUGGGCGCUAUGGCCUGGCAGCUACCGCACAUAUGGAAGGAUCUGGUUGAUGCUGGGUUUGAAUCCGGGCAUGCGUAUGGAAAGGCGUUGCGCACAGUGAAAAGUUGUGUUGGUAGCGCCUGGUGCAGAUACGGCCGAGGAGAUGCAGUGGGCCUGGCAAUCAUGCUGGAAGAAAGGUACCGCGGCAUACGGUCACCUCACAAGCUCAAGGGCGGUGUGUCGGGAUGUGUGCGCGAGUGUGCGGAGGCACAGAGCAAGGACUUUGGGCUGAUCGCUACCGAGACGGGGUAUAACUUAUAUGUAGGAGGCAACGGUGGUACUACACCCAGGCAUGCGCAGCUGUUUGCCUCAGAUAUCAGUGAGGAGCUCGUGAUCAAGUACAUCGAUCGAUAUCUGAUGUACUACAUCCACACGGCCGAUCGCCUGGAGCGCACUGCGAAGUGGCUGACGAAGUUGGAGGGAGGAGUUGAGCAGCUUAAGCGUGUUGUCAUCGAUGAUGCCUUAGGCCUGGCCGAGACACUGGACGCCCACAUGGCUCUGUUGAUUGACACGUAUGUAUGUGAGUGGAAGAAGGUGGUCGAUAACCCCGAGAGAUGGGCCUACUUCGACCAGUUCCGCAACACCACUGCCAAGCAGGAUAUGAUCACACUGGAGUCUACCAGAGAUCAGAUCCGACCGGUGAUGUUGCCUACGCCUCCCUCGAGCCCGAGUGGCGCUGAGCGAGCACUGCUGGAAUAUGAGAAGACGAAGAUGGAGUGGAUUCCCGUUGGAGAAGCCAAGCAAUACGCACCGAAUAGCGGGGGGUCGAUCUUGUAUGGUGCGACUCAACUGGCUGUGUUCCACACGGCGCGCAACUGGAAUGGUAUAGAGCAGGUGGCCUGGUAUGCGACCCAGAAUAUGUGCCCGCAUACAAAUGCGUUUGUUCUAUCCAGCGGAAUGGUGGGGGAUAGCAACAGCAAGAUGAAGGUGGCAUGUCCUCUGCACAAGAAUACAUUCGAUCUGGAGACAGGGCAGUGUCUGACGAUGGACCAGUACAAACUCUACCAGUUCGAUAUGAAGGAGGUGGAUGGCGAGUUGUAUGCGUUGUUGCCUCCUACAGCUGUGGUUGAUGCAGUGCUCGCUACGCAAAAGUUUUUGUCUGUGGAUGCUGAGAUGGAGUUGAGUAAGUGUGCCAAGUUGGACUGGUAA